UCAUCGGAUCAUCAAAUUAAAUUGCAGAAGAAGACACAGAUAGAGAGAAAGAUAGAUCUAGAACUAUAUAGUACCAGUAAUUAAAUAAAUAUUAGCAGUAAUGGCGGCUAGUGUUGGUCCUCCUACGUUUGCAUACACAAUAGUGUACGUGAAGGACGUCGCCAAGUCCGUCUCCUUCUACGCCAACGCCUUCGGCUACAAACUCCGCCGCAUCGACAACUCCCGCAGAUGGGGGGAGCUGGAGAGCGGCGCCACCACCAUAGCCUUCACGCCGCGGGAGCAGCGCGAAACCGACGAGCUGACCGGGAAAGUCCGGACGCCGGAGAGGAACACCGUCGAGGUGUGCUUCGACUACGCCGAUGUCGACGCCGCCUACAAGAGGGCGUUGGACAACGGCGCCGAGGCGGUCAGCCCGCCGGAGGACAAGGAAUGGGGCCAGAGAGUCGGCUACGUCCGAGACAUCGACGGCAUCGUCGUCAGAAUGGGAACCCAUCUCCCAUCAUAAUCCAUCUAUGAAUUUCAAUUUAAUAGACAAAUGGUAGCAGAGACAUGCUUGUCUGUCGACGAUCAUUAUCGUUUGUGGAUAAAUAAAUGAAUUAAUGAUCUAUUUUCUUAA